AGAACUCAUUGAUCUUCGACCUGUUUGAUAAGAAAACGAAAUAAAUAUUCGGACGCAGAUAAGGCAGGGAAAAAAUAAAAAUUUUAUGAUAAUAGUCGUCGAGUUUCGUAAACUACGUGUAAAUAUUGCUAGUAAUAAUACAUUUUUUGGAUUGAUAUUUUUCAAUUAAUACAAAAAAAAAACACAACACACACAUAAACAAACCGAACUUGAGUUCCGUACAAGGUCAGCAAGAAUCAACUACUGUAUAUAUAUAUAAACAACACCAAAUAAAAUGAUAUCACUAGAAUCCGAGGAGAAUAUGGACGGACAAUUUCUCCCGAGGGUAAAACUCACCCAGUCGUCGAUAAUAGACGUAGAUGAUGGUGUCAAGACAAAUAAAUCUAUAUCGGAAACUGUCGAAUGUACUAGAGAAAUAUUCAAAACCCACAAAACGCUACCGUUGUCCUUCAGGAAGGAACAAUUGAAAGGACUAUUAGACUUUUUUGAAAAAGAAGAAAAAUCCAUUUGCGAAGCUCUGUACGCCGAUUUGAAAAAAUCUCACGAGGAAGCGCUUAUUGCGGAAAUUUCUCUUGUGAAAAAAGAAAUUCGCAAUCAUUUGAACAACUUGGACGAUUGGAUAAAGCCGGAAAAAGUGAAAAAAAGUAUCGCAAACUUUUUUGAUGAUUUGUUGAUUACUAGUGAUCCAUAUGGAGUCGUGUUGGUGAUCGGUGCAUGGAAUUAUCCGGUGUUUGUGUUAUUUAUGCCCGUAGUCGGUGCCAUUGCUGGUGGAAACUGUGUGGUAAUCAAACCAUCCGAAGUAGCUGAAGCCACUUCUUCAGUAAUUUCCCGUCUAUUACCCAAAUACAUCGACAAUGAUUGCUAUCCAGUCAUCACCGGUGGUCCUAAAGAAACUACCGAACUUCUUCAAAACAGAUUCGAUUAUAUUUUCUAUACAGGAUCUUCACAAGUAGGGAAAAUUAUAUACGAAGCUGCUAGUAAAUAUCUGACUCCGGUUACACUCGAACUCGGUGGCAAAAGUCCGGUGUACGUAGAUAAAACGGCAAAUUUGAAACUAACCGCCAAAAGGAUAUUAUGGGGUAAAGGACAAAACGGCGGACAAGUUUGUAUAGCACCAGAUUACGUAUUGUGUACACCAGAAGUUCAAGCGAAGUUAUUAGGUUUCAUGGAAGAUGCAAUCAAAGAAUUUUAUAAUGGAUCAGUUAAGACUUCUAAAGAUUUCGGACGCAUUAUUAAUCAAAGGCAUUUCGAUAGAUUGUUAAAGUUAUUAAAAAAUCAAAAUAUAGCCAUCGGUGGACAUACCGACGCCGCGGAACGUUUUAUUUCCCCCACUAUUUUGAUAGACGUCCGUCCAAAGGAUCCUAUAAUGCAAGAAGAAAUAUUCGGACCUCUAUUACCUAUAAUUAACGUAAGAAACGCUCAAGAAGCGAUAGAGUUUAUUAACGCGCGAGAAAAACCGCUGGCUCUGUAUUUAUUCACUAAUGAUGGUAAUGUUAAAAAAGAUUUCAUGGAGAAAACUUCUAGCGGUGGUAUGGUUAUAAAUGACACUAUAAUGCAUAUCGUUGCUGAUGGAUUACCAUUUGGUGGAGUCGGAAAUUCAGGAAUUGGUGCAUAUAAAGGCAAAUAUACGUUUGAUACAUUCGUACAUAAAAAAUCUGUUUUGUCGAAAUCUUUCAAUCCUUUACAAGAAAAAAUUGAGUCAGUGAAAUAUCCACCGAUGACACCAGCUUCAGCGAAAUUCAUUGUCAAUGUAGCUAAGUCUAAUAUAGUUAUAUCGACGCGUUAUUUAACGCACGCGCUCAUGUUCGCAUUAGGAGUGGCUGUAACAGUAUCCAGUUAUUAUAUUAAUAAAAAAUUAAAUGAGAAAUGAGAUUAGAAAAAAAAA